AUGUUCGGCGUCUCGCAAAUUGUCGGUGCGCUCAUGAUGUAUGGCGUGGGCGGUGCUACAAUGACCUUGCAGACCUGGAGAGUCAUGUUUCUCCUAUGUGGAGGACUGACGGUGUUGGCUGGUUCUCUCUUCCUUUGGCUGAUGCCUCGCGACACCACAACCGCCUGGUUUCUCAACGAAGAAGAGCGCAAAAUCGCGACGGACCGCCUCACGAGAGACCGUGCUACUCGCGACCAGACCAGUUUCGACUGGGUUCAGGCCACGGAAGCCGUGACAGACCCACGCACGGUUAUUUAUGCGCUCAUGGCACUGCUGAUUACUAUGCCAACUGCAAUUGUCAAGUUCUCAUCCAUCGUCAUUGAGGGAUUCGGUUUCAGCAAGUUCCAAACAAUGCUUGUCGGCCUUCCGGGCGGAGCCAUUGCCUUUGCUCUUGUUUGGAUCGGCGCGCUCAUACCCAUGAGAUGGCCCAGCGCUCGUUGCCUCGGUGGAAUAUUUCUUUGCUCUGUGCCGAUGAUCGGCAGUUUGCUUCUUCUCACCCUCCCUGCCUCGAAUAGCUGGGGCAUCGUGGUCAGCACAUGGCUGGCAGCAUGCACCGCACCGCCUCUGGGUAUCGCCGUUGGCCUUAUGGCGUCUAACGUGCGAGGAAACACGAAGAAGUCCGUUGUUGGCGCUAUAUUCUUUGUCCUCUACUGUGUCGGAUGUAUUGCUUCGCCGCAGCUGUGGCAAGCCGAGGACGCCCCGCGGUAUAUCAAAGGGUGCAUUACGAGCGUUGUCAGCUGGGGCUUGCUGAUUAUUGUGCUUCUGGUCUUUUAUGCCACUGCUCAGUACUCGAACAAUAAGCGCGAGAAGGGGUUGUAUGGUGGAUCCGAGGAGCCAAUUAUCACUGCCGACUCGGACUUGACGGAGAGGCAGGACAGAGGAUUUAGGUACACGCAUUAG